AGAACCGGAAGUGCGGACAGCGACUAAACGCGGCGAGGCGAGAUGGCGGCGACCAAGAGAAAGCGGCGUGGGGGCCUGGAGGUUCAAGCGAAGAAGCCAAAAAGGAGCCCGAAAGAUGCCGGGCAGCCAGCUAAGCAGGCCGAUGUGGGCACAGAGGCGGAGGAGGAAAAUAGAGAUCGUAUUCCAGGUCCGGUCUGCAAGGAGCUGGACAAGAAACAUGUAGGGAACUAUACUAAAAUGGAUCGUAAAGAUAAAUUAUUUGUGAUAAAUGAGGUCUGUGAAAUGAAAAAUUGCAACAAAUGCAUCUACUUUGAAGCUAAGAAAAAACAGGAUCUCUAUAUGUGGCUUUCAAAUUCACCUCAUGGUCCAUCUGCCAAAUUCUUGGUUCAAAAUAUUCAUACCCUGGCUGAAUUAAAGAUGACUGGAAACUGUUUGAAAGGUUCUCGGCCCCUUUUGUCUUUUGACCCUGCUUUUGAUGACUUGCCACAUUAUGCUUUGUUAAAGGAAUUCUUAAUUCAGAUCUUCAGUACACCACGAUACCAUCCCAAGAGUCAGCCAUUUGUGGACCACGUGUUUACGUUCACUAUUCUGGAUAACAGGAUAUGGUUCCGGAACUUCCAGAUUAUAGAAGAAGACGCUGCUCUAGUGGAAAUAGGACCUCGUUUUGUCUUAAAUCUCAUAAAGAUUUUUCAGGGCAGCUUUGGAGGACCAACCUUAUAUGAAAAUCCUCAUUACCAAUCUCCAAACAUGCAUCGGCGCGUCAUAAGGUCUAUCACAGCUGCCAAGUACAGAGAGAGACAGCAAGUCAAAGAUGUUCAGAAACUGAGGAAGAAAGAGCCAAAGACUAUCCUUCCACAUGACCCCACUGCAGAUGUGUUUGUUAUACCAGCGGAGGAGAAGCCAGUAGAAAUACAGUGGGUGAAACCAGAGCCUAAAGUAGAUCUGAAAGCAAGGAAGAGACGGAUUUACAAAAGGCAUCGGAAACUGCAGCAGAAGAUGAGCAGAGGGAGUGCAAAGUGAAUCAGAGGAUAACUAUCUCUUUAGUUACUGUGUAUUUAUUUUGUAUUCCAUGUGUAAAUACUUUCAGUAUACAGAACUAGCUAUGCCUAAUUAGGGCACCAUUUUAAAAAUUAAAAUCUUUAAGUCAGUGUUGGUCUUUUUCUAAUAAAGCAUCUUAACUCCCCAG